ACUUGGAGGCACCUCUCUUAUAAAUGCUAAUGUUGCUCUUGAAGCUGAUGAACGUGUUUGGAAAAUGCCUAUUUGGCCUGAUGAAAUUAAAAAUGAUAUGGAAGGUAUAAAAAUGGGUUAUGCGCGAGCCAAAGAGAUGCUUCAACCAGUUCCAUAUCCAAAACACUUUCCUGAACUUCCUAAGCUUAAGGUUUUGGAAGAACAAGCGAGAAGGCUGGGACCAGAAUAUAUUGAAAAUUUUUAUAGACCACCAAUUACUGUAACAUUUGAAAAUCGCGUCAAUGCUGCUGGUGUUAGACAGUUAAAAUCUACACUUACAGGGAACGAUACCACUGGU